CAGCAUGUCCUGGUUUAGUGGCCUCCUGGUCCCCAAGGUGGAUGAACGGAAAACAGCCUGGGGUGAACGCAAUGGGCAGAAGCGUCCACGCCGUGGGACUCGGACCAGCGGCUUCUGCACACCGCGCUAUAUGAGCUGCCUCCGGGAUGCACAGCCCCCCAGCCCCACCCCUGCAGCUCCUUCUCGGUGCCCCUGGCAGGAUGAGACUUUCAUGCGGAGAGGUGGCCCAGGCAAGGAGCCGGGGCUGCGGGCGGUGGCCCUCGGUUUUGAGGACACUGAGGCGAUGGCGGCGGUCGGGGCAGCCGAGGUGGCACCCGACGUGGCAGCCCGGGGUAGGCGGUCUUGCUGGCGCCGUCUGGCCCAGGUGUUCCAGUCCAAGCAGUUCCGCUCAGCCAAGCUGGAGCGCCUGUACCAGCGGUACUUCUUUCAGAUGAACCAGAGCAGCCUGACGCUGCUGAUGGCCGUGCUGGUGCUGCUGACAGCCGUGCUGCUAGCCUUUCAUGCUGCACCUGCCCGCCCUCAGCCUGCCUAUGUGGCCCUACUGGCCUGUGCCGCCGCCCUCUUCAUAGCACUCAUGGUGGUGUGUAACCGGCACAGCUUCCGCCAGGACUCCAUGUGGGUGGUGAGCUAUGUGGUGCUGGGCAUCCUGGCAGCCAUACAGGUUGGGGGUGCCCUGGCAGCCAACCCCCGCAGCCCCUCUGUGGGCCUCUGGUGCCCCGUGUUUUUUGUCUACAUCACCUACACGCUCCUACCCAUCCGCAUGCGGGCGGCUGUCUUCAGUGGCCUGGGCCUCUCCACCCUGCAUCUGAUCUUGGCCUGGCAGCUCAACCAUGGUGAUGCCUUCCUCUGGAAGCAGCUUGGUGCCAACAUGCUGCUGUUCCUCUGCACCAACGUCAUUGGCAUCUGCACACACUAUCCAGCUGAGGUGUCUCAGCGCCAGGCCUUUCAGGAGACCCGUGGUUACAUCCAGGCCCGGCUGCACCUGCAGCAUGAGAAUCGGCAGCAGGAACGGCUGCUGCUAUCAGUGUUGCCCCAGCACGUUGCCAUGGAGAUGAAAGAAGAUAUCAACACAAAGAAAGAAGACAUGAUGUUCCACAAGAUCUACAUACAGAAGCAUGACAAUGUCAGCAUCCUGUUUGCAGACAUUGAAGGCUUCACCAGCCUGGCAUCCCAGUGCACUGCGCAGGAGCUGGUCAUGACCCUGAACGAGCUCUUUGCCCGGUUUGACAAACUGGCUGCGGAAAAUCAUUGCCUGAGGAUCAAGAUCUUAGGGGACUGUUACUACUGUGUGUCGGGGCUGCCGGAAGCCCGAGCAGACCAUGCCCACUGCUGUGUGGAGAUGGGGGUGGACAUGAUCGAGGCCAUCUCGCUGGUGCGUGAGGUGACAGGUGUGAACGUGAACAUGCGCGUGGGCAUCCACAGCGGGCGUGUGCACUGUGGCGUCCUUGGUCUGCGGAAAUGGCAAUUCGAUGUGUGGUCCAAUGACGUGACUCUGGCCAACCACAUGGAGGCGGGGGGCCGGGCCGGCCGCAUCCAUAUCACUCGGGCCACACUGCAGUACCUGAAUGGGGAUUAUGAGGUGGAGCCAGGCCGUGGUGGUGAACGUAAUGCAUACCUCAAGGAGCAGCAUAUUGAGACCUUCCUCAUCCUGGGAGCCAGCCAGAAACGGAAAGAGGAGAAGGCCAUGCUGGCCAAGCUGCAGCGUACACGGGCCAACUCCAUGGAAGGACUGAUGCCACGCUGGGUGCCUGAGCGCGCCUUUUCCCGGACCAAGGACUCCAAGGCUUUCCGCCAGAUGGGCAUUGAUGAUUCCAGCAAAGACAACCGGGGUGCCCAAGAUGCCCUGAACCCUGAGGAUGAGGUAGAUGAGUUCCUGGGCCGUGCCAUCGAUGCCCGCAGCAUCGAUCAACUACGGAAGGACCAUGUGCGCCGCUUCCUGCUCACCUUCCAGAGAGAGGAUCUUGAAAAGAAGUACUCGCGGAAGGUGGACCCCCGCUUCGGAGCCUACGUAGCCUGUGCGCUGUUGGUCUUCUGCUUCAUCUGCUUUAUCCAACUCCUCGUCUUCCCACAUUCAACUCUGCUGCUUGGGAUCUAUGCCAGUAUCUUCCUGCUGUUGCUGAUCACUGUGCUGACCUGUGCCGUGUACUCCUGUGGCUCUCUCUUCCCCAAGGCCCUGCAACGCCUUUCCCGCAGCAUUGUCCGUUCUCGGGCACACAGCACUGCGGUUGGCAUCUUUUCAGUCUUGCUUGUGUUCACCUCUGCCAUCGCCAACAUGUUCACCUGUAACCACACCCCCAUACGGACUUGUGCAGCCCGGAUGCUGAAUGUAACACCUGCUGACAUCACUGCCUGCCACCUGCAGCAGCUCAAUUACUCUCUGGGCCUGGAUGCUCCCCUGUGUGAGGGCACCGCACCUACUUGCAGCUUCCCUGAGUACUUCGUUGGGAACAUGCUGCUGAGUCUCUUGGCCAGCUCUGUCUUCUUACACAUCAGUAGCAUCGGGAAGUUGGCAAUGAUCUUUGUCCUCGGGCUCAUCUAUUUGGUGCUGCUUCUGCUGGGCCCCCCAGCCACCAUCUUUGACAACUAUGACCUGCUGCUCGGUGUCCAUGGCUUGGCUUCUUCCAAUGAGACUUUCGACGGGCUGGACUGCCCAGUUGCAGGGAGGGUAGCACUCAAAUACAUGACCCCCGUGAUUCUGCUGGUGUUUGCUCUGGCGCUGUAUCUGCAUGCCCAGCAGGUGGAAUCAACUGCUCGUCUGGACUUCCUCUGGAAACUGCAGGCAACAGGGGAGAAGGAGGAGAUGGAGGAGCUGCAGGCAUACAACCGAAGGCUGCUCCAUAACAUUCUGCCCAAGGACGUGGCUGCCCACUUCCUGGCCCGGGAGCGCCGGAACGAUGAGCUCUACUAUCAGUCGUGUGAGUGUGUGGCCGUCAUGUUUGCCUCCAUUGCCAACUUUUCUGAGUUCUAUGUGGAGCUGGAGGCAAACAAUGAGGGCGUCGAGUGCCUGCGGCUGCUCAACGAAAUCAUCGCUGACUUUGAUGAGAUCAUCAGCGAGGAGCGGUUCCGGCAGCUGGAGAAGAUCAAGACGAUUGGUAGCACCUACAUGGCUGCCUCAGGGCUGAAUGCCAGCACCUAUGAUCAAGCGGGCCGCUCCCAUAUCACUGCCCUGGCUGACUAUGCCAUGCGGCUCAUGGAACAGAUGAAGCACAUCAACGAGCACUCCUUCAACAAUUUCCAGAUGAAGAUUGGGCUGAACAUGGGCCCAGUCGUGGCAGGCGUCAUUGGGGCUCGGAAACCACAGUAUGACAUCUGGGGGAACACAGUGAAUGUCUCUAGCCGUAUGGACAGCACGGGGGUCCCUGACCGAAUCCAGGUGACCACGGACUUGUACCAGGUUCUAGCUGCCAAGGGCUACCAGCUGGAGUGUCGAGGGGUGGUCAAGGUGAAGGGCAAGGGGGAGAUGACCACCUACUUCCUCAAUGGGGGCCCCCCCAGUUAG